AAGAGAUUAAGCGGAGAGUUUUACAAGAAAUGAACUUUCGAGCAAACCACAGAGACUAUUUGUAAAUUCUUUUAAACCUUCUACAAGUAAUUCAUUCUUCAGUCGACGUCCUAAGGAUUUGAUGGUCGGUUCCCCCAACUCCAACUCCAACUCGACAACUGCAACGUUCUGGGUGCUUCAAUACCAGUUCUAUUUGUUCUGUAACUCUUUUUCUCUCUCUCCAUGGAAGUACCAGUCGUAUCCAUCUCGGAGUCUGGAUAGUGAUUUUGGUAACAUCGGUGAAGGAUUCUACUCAGGUCUAGAAAAGCUGGUCAAGACAUGAGCCAUGAGCAGGAUGAAAGGUAUGGUGAGCAGGCUUUUCCAAACGGGGACAUCUAUAUUGGAUACUUAGAUGGUCCACUUCCUCAUGGGCAUGGAAAAUAUACAUGGUCAGACGGAGCAACAUAUGAAGGUGAAUGGGAGAAUGGAAAGAUAGCAGGAAAAGGAUGGAUCUUUUGGCCAUCAGGGUCUAUAUAUGAAGGCGAGUUCUGUGGAGGCUUCCUUCAUGGUUGUGGCACCUUUUCCAGUAUAGAUGGCUCUGUUUAUAAAGGAUCGUGGAGGUUGAAUACACAACAUGGUCUAGGAACAAAGAGUUAUCCUAAUUCAGAUAUUUAUGAGGGUUUGUGGAGAGAAGGACAACAAGAAGGAAUUGGCAAAUAUACAUGGUGUAAUGGAAAUAUGUAUGUCGGGAAUUGGAAGGCAGGAAGAAUGAGUGGCAGAGGAGUUUUGAAGUGGGCAAAUGGUGACUUGUUCAAUGGCCAUUGGUUGGAUGGAUUGGAACAUGGCACAGGUUAUUACUACUUUGCAGAUGGGUCAUGUUAUCUUGGUACCUGGAGCAAGGGGCUGAAGGAUGGACGGGGAACAUAUUAUCCUACUGGAAGCAGACUUCCGUUUCAGCAGAAGUGUUACAGGUCUAAUCUAUGUAAUAAGUGGGCAAGAUAUCUUUGUCCUCCUGCCUUAAUGAAAUCAGAAAAUGACAAAAAUGAGUUAACUUCAAUAAAAAGUGACUAUACUGGCCAUAAAAUAAGCAGUUUGUUCGGGCAUUCUGGAAGAAUAUCUAACAGACCUACAGCAUUUGAUCGUUAUAGUGAUUUUGGAGUUUCUUUUGGAAGCAUUCCAUUUAGAGACAACUGUGUUAGACUACCCUGUGAAUCACUUGAAGAUGAAAAUAAACUUCAAAAUGAUGUCAAUAUUGUUUAUGAGAGGGAAUAUAUGCAAGGGGUCUUAAAAAUGGAGAGGAUAGUAAAUCAACAAUUGUUGAAACCUGAACGAAAUCAAAGGCUCCACGGAAUUCAAAAGAAGCCUUUAGGGGUCCGUGGUGAAACGAUUUACAAAGGUCACAAGAGUUACUUUCUGAUGUUGAACUUACAACUUGGGAUUAGGUAUACAGUUGGAAAAAUUACACCUGUACCAGUUCGUGAAGUUCGUUCCUCUGAUUUUGGACCAUGUGCAAGGAUAAAAAUGUAUUUCCCCCGAAAAGGGUCGCAGUUUACACCUCCACACUACUCUAUUGAUUUCCAUUGGAAGGAUUACUGUCCAAUGGUAUUUAGGAAUCUACGUGAAAUGUUUAAGAUAGAUGCUGCUGACUAUAUGGUCUCUGUAUGCGGAGGCGAUGGUCUAAAGGAGCUUUCUUCACCAGGAAAAAGUGGGAGCAUAUUUUAUCUUUCUCAGGACGAAAGAUUUGUCAUAAAGACUCUUAGGAAAACUGAACUAAAGGUUCUACUGAAAAUGCUCCCCAAGUAUUAUGAUCACGUUGGAGCUCAUGAUAAUACACUCAUAACCAAAUUUUUUGGGCUGCACAGGAUUACAAUAAAAUGCGGACAGAAGGUUCGAUUUGUUGUGAUGGGCAACAUGUUUUGCACAGAACUACGUAUUCAUCGCCGGUAUGAUCUGAAAGGUUCCUCUCAUGGAAGAUCAACAAGUGCUGAUAAGAUAAACGAGAACACAACUCUCAAAGAUCUUGAUCUGUCUUAUGUUUUCCAUUUGGAGAAAUCCUGGCGUGAGUCACUUUUCAAACAAAUUUCUCUGGAUUGCAUGUUCCUAGAAUCACAGUGUAUUAUUGAUUAUAGCAUGCUUUUGGGGCUGCAUUUUAGAGCGCCUGAAUGUCUGAGGCCUCCCUUAGAAUCUGAAAGCAGAAAUGAAUAUACCAGUUCGGCUACUGAUAAUUUUGGUGCACCAAAGCGGGACGAGUUUAUAAUUCCUCCAAAGGGUUUGCUCUUGGUUGCUCAUGAACCUGGAUCUGUGAGCAGCAUGCCAGGCUCACAUAUUAGGGGCAGCACAUUAAGAGCAUCAGCCGAUGGUGACAAAGAGCCAGAAGUUGAUCUUCUUUUAACUAGGCUCCGCGUGCAGCUCGGAGUGAACAUGCCAGCUCAAGCUAAUCAAAAGCUGCUUCAUAACGAGGGUCCUGAUUCUCCAGAAGUUGAUCUCUUUGAGGUCUACGACGUUGUUCUCUAUCUCGGCAUAAUAGACAUACUACAAGAAUAUGACAUAACAAAGAAAGUGGAGCAUACCUGCAAAUCACUCAAAAAUGAUCCCCUCACCAUCUCUGCUGUAGAUCCCAAGCUGUAUUCAAGACGUUUCAUCAGUUUCUUGGAGAAAGUUUUUCCUGAGCAGAUUUGAGAUCGACCACAGCCUUACUGUAUCAUAAAUCAGCUUUCUACUUUCUAUCAAAGAAGAGGAAGAUAUCGAUGUGUUGUUUAUUCAAUUCAGGUUUUCUUUCCCUUCCCUUCGACUUCGUUUGAGACGGCUUUCUUAUUGUUUUUUAAAGUAGUUUUCUAGCAUAAAUUUUUUUAAUUUUGUAUUAAAAAACUGUUUUAAAAAACAGUAAGAAAGUCGUCCCAAACAAAGCCCUUAAUGAUUUCAAAAUAAGAAAAAAACCUCUACUGGAUAUAGAACCUCUCCAAUUAUUAUAAUAAUUGUAUUUGUGCAAUUACCUCAAUUUCAGCUAUAAAUUUCUCUUUAAAUAACUACAAUUUAGCUACUUUAUUUUUUCAAGCAUUAGUGGAUUGAAUUCCAGCCAUCAACAGCGAGGUGAUUACAUUAUUUAAUUAUCAUAAUAAUUGGAGAGGACCAACAUCCGCAUUGCAUGUAUUCUAAUUAGACUUAAACAUUUUUUUCCUCACUCUAUUAUUCAUUCAUAAUUUCAAAUAUGCUUAUGGUCUA